GGGUUCUGGGUGGAGGGUGCCUGGAGCCCAGGGUCUGCGGCAGGACCCUGCCUUCCCCCAGCGCAGCAUGGGGAAAGGCGAGUGGGACGCUGGGGCAGGGGACAGAAAACCCCAAGGCUCAGAUCAACUGUGGGGUGGCAACGUCCAUCAUCUCAGGGCUGAUGCUUGGGGUAGGAAUUAGAAUUUUAGGGCACUUGUAUCAGCUUCUAAAGGGGUUCCCCUAGGGGAAAGGCCCUGAGAGCCAGCCCAGGUCACUCCUCCCAGCCCCUCCUUUCUCUAUCCCUGGGGAGGGGAACCCACCUUGGCCACGCCCCACCCCACCCCCCACCCCCAGGGGGCUGGGCAGGAGGAGCUUUGCUGGGGACCUUGCCCUGGCUUAGGCGGCUACUGUGGGCGGGCCCCUGGCCUUUCCAGCCUGGGCCUCCCCCUGCAUUCUAGAGCCUGGAGCCGCUGCCUUUGCUGCUGCCACUGCAGGGCUGCCGCCUCUCCUCCUCAGCCUCUGACCACUUGCUGCACCCCACCCCCCACCCAGCUGCUCCUGUCACCUGGCCAUGACCUCGGCCCCCCCAGGGAUCCUGGCCCAGCCCUGAGCCCUGGAACCCCCAGUCCCCUCCCUUGGCCAUGGCCAACUCCGGCCUUCAGCUCCUGGGCUACUUCCUGGCUAUGGGUGGCUGGGUGGGCAUCAUCGCCAGCACAGCCCUGCCGCAGUGGAAGCAGUCCUCCUACGCGGGCGACGCCAUCAUCACCGCCGUGGGCCUCUACGAAGGACUCUGGAUGUCCUGCGCCUCCCAGAGCACCGGUCAGGUGCAGUGCAAGCUUUAUGACUCGCUGCUCGCCCUGGAAGGUCACAUCCAGUCCGCGCGAGCCCUGAUGGUGGUGGCUGUGCUCCUGGGCUUCGUGGCCAUGGUCCUCAGUGUUGUCGGUAUGAAGUGCACUCGGGUCGGAGACAGCAACCCCAUCGCCAAGGGCCGUGUCGCCAUCGCUGGGGGUGCCCUCUUCCUCCUGGCGGGCCUCUGCACUUUGACAGCCGUCUCGUGGUAUGCCACCCUGGUGACCCAGGAGUUCUUCAACCCCAGCACACCUGUCAAUGCCAGGUACGAGUUCGGCCCAGCCCUGUUCGUGGGCUGGGCGGCCGCCGGCCUGGCCCUGCUGGGCGGCUCCUUCCUCUGCUGCACGUGUCCGGAGCCCGAACGAGCCAACAACAGCCCGCAGCCCUACCGGCCGGGUCCCUCCGCGGCUGCCCGAGAGUACGUCUGAGCUUGCCCAGCAUCUGCUGGCCGGUGCAGCACCCCGGGUGGGGCCAGGAGGGCUCAGGGGGUCCCCCAGGUCGGCUAGGGCUCUGAGCAGCUUGUCCCCAACCUAGGCACCCAGUCUGCGUCCUGAGACUCAGACCCGGACAUUCAGAGAGAGGCGGGAGGCCGGCCAGAGCCCUCCUGCGCCGCUGGGGCCAGGGCCAGGGCCGGGUACAGGCAGGGACCUGUCCACACCCCAGCCAGCUGCAGUUCCUUUCCUGGCCACUUAUUUACUCUCUAUGCUGGGCCUGGAGGACGCAGCAAUAAAGACGCCCUGGGGGUGGCCAGAGCCCAUUGUCCCUCUGCCCCACGGGGCUUCUCACAACCCCAGGAAGGAAGGCCAAGAUGACACUUGUCCCGGAUUACACACAAGGAAGUGGGUUCAGAGAGACCAGGAGGCGUGGCCCUGCUGCCUCUGAAUUCAGGUCUUGCAGUAUGCCUGGAGCUGCGUGGACACACACAGAUGGCUGAGCCAGGCCAUGUCACUCCUGCCCCAGAAAUGAGCUCCUGCUGCAGGGCUGCUGUGAAUUCCACUUGCCAGUCCCUGAGUCUGGGCCUGAAUCCCACAGCCCCUCUGCCCCAGCCCCACUGCCCUCUGUUCACCCCACUAAUUAGCUCUCCUCUCUUUUGACUUUCAGACCAGUUGUUAAAUUGUCCGCCUCCACCAAGGGCCCCCUGGGUGUGUAAUGUCCAGGUCCCCAGCCUGGCUCUGCCCCGCCUUGCCACACCUAGACUAUGUGCUUGAUAUUUUUUGGAAAGAAAAGUGAACAUCCA